CAAACAUCCUCCGUGAACUGAAGAUCAUGGAGUCUUGUAGGAGACACUCCGCCCUCCUGAAGGCAAUUGCUCUGUCUUGGAGCGUCAUCUGCGUAAAUGUGUUUACCACAUCAGCUGAGUGGCACGCAGACCUGUCAGACUAUGAGUUGGCCAGCUUUGACAAUCCUGAUAUUUUGGAUGUACUCCAAAGACGUGCAUCAAAGUUCAAUCAUUUUACCUUGAGUGACCAUGGAAAUGUGUAUGUGGGAGCUGUCAAUUGGUUGUACAGGUUGGAAAGUAGUUUGAAAAUGAUACAGAAUGCUUCAACCUGUAAUGACAGCAGGUCGGAUAGUAUGAUGCCCUGCCAGCUUACAAAUAACUACAACAAGAUACUGGUAGUUGACAGUACUCGGCCAAACAGUUUGAUAACCUGUGGCGGUGUGUAUGAUGGUAUUUGUCAGUUACGACAGUUACAGGAUAUCAGGAACGUGAUUGUGGAGACUGUUCCUUACGUUGCUGGGUUUGAGGAAGCAUCUACUGUUAGUCUGAUUGCUCCAAGAAGAAGUGGACAAGAAAUGCUUUAUGUGGCUGUUACAUAUGGUGGGAAAAACAUUGAUAAUUCGGGAAACUUUCCAGCAAUAACAAGAAGAAAUCUUGAAGGGUACCCCUCUUUACCAGCACCGAAUGAGGACCGUGUUAUCUUAAUUAGGGAUGCCAUACAUGCCAAUUACAAGAUAAAAUAUGUUAGAUCAUUUGCCCACAGUGGAUUCACCUACUUCGUCUCCUCUCAGAAAGAAGAUUUGAAUUCUGCCCAGUUUGUUUCUAAGAUGAGCAGAGUCUGUCAAGGCGGUCGGAACCUAGACGCCUACACAGAAAUUACCCUACAGUGCAGUGGAUCAGAUGGCAGUGUGUACAGCUUGGUGCAAGCAGCUCACUUUGGACCAGCAGGACCUGAUCUAGCGGCAUCAUUGGGUCUCCAUGCAGACGAGCAGGUGCUGUAUGCUGUGUUUGCCAAGAACCAAGGAGCUCCGGGUACCAGUGAUAUACCCAUCGAUCACUCAGCAUUAUGUGUGUACAGGAUGACGGAUAUCUUGGCUGCCUUCAGAGAAGCAGUGCGGGGAUGUAUUCAGAAUGGAAAUACGUACUCUGUUAACUAUUUGCAGAAUUCUUUUUGCAGUAGUUUCGGGAUUCCCAUUCUGGAUCGCUAUUUCUGCACACCCGUGACCAAUGAUGCUACUCAAACGCCACUAUUCAAGUACGCCAAGGGCACAGACCCCGUUCCAUCCACGGCAAUUCUAGAGCUGCCUGGUACUCUCAUGUCAUCCAUCAUAACCACUAUAGAAGUCAACCACACAAUCGCUUUAAUCGGAACAUCGAGUGGAGUUCUACUGAAGGUUCAUAUGGAAAGUAACACUGCCAGCCGACUUUAUGAACGCAUUAGCGUUGACACCAGUCCAGUUCUGCCAGAUGUCAAUGUUAAUGAAACAACAAGUGUACUAUUUCUCUUGAUGGAACAAAAGUUGGUGAAGCUUCGUGUGGAGAAUUGUAGCCAAUACACUACAUGCGAAACGUGUAUUGGGACUGAUGCAGGGAAUGAUGGAGACCCAUAUUGUGGAUGGUGCACACUGGAACGAAAAUGUACGAGAUAUCCAGACUGUCCAUCACCUGAUGUAUCUACUCGAUGGUUGGCCUACAAUGCUGCUCAGUGCAUUAAUAUUACCGAUGUAGCUCCCUAUGAUAACCUGCCAAUCACAGUCACUGAGCAACAGAUCACCCUGACUGUGCAACAGUUACCUGAUCUACGGACAGGCCAGAGUUAUGAAUGUCAUUUCGGGUCAUUCGAAUCUCCAGCUACGAAGAAUGGUGAAGUACUAGAGUGUACGUCACCUCCUAGUGAUGGGAUACCUGCCAUUUCACAAGGAGAUGAUGCAGUACACGUAGAUUUGGGUGUCGAUUCAUCUGAAACUUCAGUUCAAUUCAUAGACGCCAACUUCUACUUCUAUGAGUGUUCAACGCACACUUCCUGUGUAUCCUGCGUUGGUAGUCGCUGGGCCUGCGAUUGGUGCGUGUUUGACAACAGAUGUACUCAUGAAAGCUCCACAUGCACACGUGCUAAUGAAAUCAUCAUUACUGGAGAUAACAAUCCAACCGCCUCUGCAGUCAAAGGACUUGAGUUUUGCCCUCAACUGCUGAAUCAGACUGCUGAAGUUCUGCUUCCUAAUGACAUUAUGAGGAACAUAACUGUCAUGACUACAAACCUGCCAGACGAAACUGAGAUUUCUAGCUAUCAAUGCAGCUUAUAUGUAGAGGGAUCACUUCAGGCUGUUAAUGCAGAUCGCAAUGGUGAUAGGAUCACAUGCCAAGAGAAGGCUUACACUUACCUCUCCAAUGGUGAACCAGAGAUGGAAGUGAAACUGACUGUUUCAUGGACUGACACAAGCGGUGCUGCGCACAUCCUAGAUGACAUACAUGGAUAUAAGGCAACAUUGUACAAAUGUGAAGUCCAGAAGCCAGACUGCAGCCGUUGUGUUACAGCCCGCCCAGCGCUCGAAUGUGUUUGGUGUGGUGCCACGCCGAGCGAGUCUGGUGUUUGCAAACUGACUGAAAUUUGCAGUGAAAAUAGGGUGACUUUGGAUAACGGAUUGAACUGCCCUGAUCCAGUUCUGAGCGAGGUAUUUCCCUUGACUGGGCCCAUUGAAGGCAACACAGUCAUAAAUGUGAUGGGAACUGAUAUCGGUCGGAGAUUUGAGGAUGUUUUGAGUGUGAUGGUUGGCAAUCAGCCCUGUGAUCUGGCUGGAUUAAACUCAGACUACCAAAUUGGAGCAAGUGUCAGCUGCAGAACGAGAGCAGAAAGUGAAGGAGCCGAGUUUGUUACGUUGACAGUCACGGGUGCGGACGGUACAAUGCAACACAGCUCAGGAACAGUCAACUUUAACUUCAAAGACCCAGCGAUUACCCAUUUCCAACCCCGCCUCGGCCCAGAAGCCGGUGGGACGGCAGUGAGUGUGAAUGGUUCGGCCCUCAACACAGGACGCGAUAUUGAAGCGUUCAUCGGCGACUAUCCUUGCAACAUAACAGGCAAACCGGUUGAAUCCAUGCUAGAAUGCACAACCCCUGUUGGCCAAGUUGGAUAUCAAGGUGUUGUGAAAGUCUCUUUUGAUGGGGCCAUGAGAACCUCAUCAGAUAUGUACACGUACGCUGAGAAUCCCACCAUUACUGGUGUGUCUCCUCUGAAAAGCAUCGUUUCGGGUGGUCGAAUUUUGAACGUUACUGGCACUUUUCUAAACACAAGUGGAAACCGUCAAAUCGUUGUCACUAAUGGAAACGGUGAUCGUAAAGUGGAGGAAUGUCAAGUUAAAUCUGCAACAGAGAUGCGGUGCCCGUCUCCUAACGUAACAGACCUCGACAUGAGCAAUGCAAACUUGACCUUUGGCUUCAUCAUGGAUGGGGUCACUCAACUGUUGACAUGGUCUCAGGAUAACGAUGUCGACUUGAAGUACUUUGAGGAUCCAGUGUAUGAUGAAUUUGAAGGUGGUACGAAGAACAAAGAAGGAGAAACCCUGACAAUCAUGGGCAAGCGGAUUAAAAGCGCCAUCACAGCUGUAGAAAUCAAGGUGACGAUCGGCGAAGAGAGCUGUGACGUCAACUUGAUCAGUGAGACAUCACUCGUAUGUGAAUUGCCCGAUGAGGCACCAGCAGCCGGGGACUUCAUGGGAAAAGAUACCGGGAUAGGUCUGCCUGUGGUAUGGGUGCGCCACAAUAACUUACAAUUUAGGUUGGGCUACUUGGUCUAUCCCAGUACGGUGCCACUUGUCGCUAUACUUGUACCGAGUUUGGUCAUUCCACUCUCCAUGGCGAUACUGCUCGCUGCUACCUUAGUGUAUUGCAAACAGUUGCAAAGGAAGCGCACCCACGACCGAAGACUAUUGGGCAGGAUAGUGGCGAUUCAUCUCGAAAUUGACUCCCACGUCAAAAGACGCAGGUGGUAUAGAUCCCAGAAACAGUCGGAAUCUGCUCAGCCAAAACAAAAGCGCAUUGUCCUGAACAACAAGGUCAGCUUCGUUCCCGACGACAUUCAUAUCGACUUCAGCCAGCUGGAAUUGGGAGAGACUCUCGGACAAGGUGCAUUUGGGCGUGUACUGAAAGCUGUUCUACACGAUACACCCGGAGAAGAUCAAAUUGUGGCUGUGAAGACAGUGCAAGACACCUCGGACCCGAAAAAUGUGGUGAAGUUCCUGGAGGAAGGCCUGAUCAUGAAAACCUUCGACCAUGUCAACGUGCUGGGGCUUCUGGGGUUGACCUUUGACGCGGACAAAAACCCCUUGGUGGUGAUACCCUUCAUGGCAAACGGUGACCUCAAGACAUAUCUGGUCAAGAAGAAACAGACCUUGGCGACAUCUCUGCUGAUGAGGUUUGCCUCACAUGCUGCACUCGGUAUGAGUUACUUGGCUCAGCACAAGUUUGUACACAGAGAUCUUGCGGCCAGAAAUUGCAUGGUGAACAGUGAUCUUGUGGUGAAGAUAGCUGAUUUUGGACUGUCCCGUGACAUGCACGACUCGGAUUACUACACAAGCGGCGAUGCCCAGGCUAAGCUGCCUAUCAAAUGGAUGGCUCCCGAGUCCAUGGAACGUCGAGUGUACAACGCCAGGACUGACGUGUGGUCAUACGGUGUGCUCCUGUGGGAGAUUUUCGGUAAGGGUUCCAAACCGUAUCCAGGAAUACCCAACCAAGAUGUGUAUGAUUUCUUGAAGAGUGGUCAACGCAUGGCUGCUCCCAAGAACUGCCCGCCAGAAAUCUACGGCAUAAUGGUACGUUGCUGGCAGGACAACCCCAAGUCACGUUGCACCUUCGUCCAAGUUGCCAACGAGCUGGAAGAACUGUUGGAGGAAGACCGCGACUACGUAGCAACUCCUAGUGCGGGUGUGGUUGGUAUGCGACCCAUCGAACAUCGCGAAGAACCUGGUGUCAAAGACGACAGCUAUCUGGUCCCGAUGCAGCAGGAGACCGCCUUUGGUGCUGACGGCCCGUGUAGUGACGGAGAAACCAGCGGGAGCCAUGCGACCGCCGCCCAUGAUCCCUUGGAUUAUGUCAAUAAAAUUGUCAUUAGAUAAG